AUGCGGGCCCGAAGGUGCGCGGGGCCGGAGGAAGCAGAGGAGAAGCAGGAUGCCAGGAGCAGAGAGGCUCGAGGCCGGAGGGGCGCCCUGGGACAGGCAGGAGACGCGGGCGCUCCGUCUGCCAGACCCCAGGGCAAGGGUGGAGUAGGCGGCGCGGAGGCUGCCCCGCCAAGUGGGCGUCGGAGGAGACGCAGCUGCAGGGCCUCCCUGGUGUGCGGGCCAGGCCGGGGAAGGGUGCUGGGCGCUGCAGACGGUGAGUGUCCAAGCCCAGGGCGCGGCGGCGCCGCCAAGCGGAAGAAGAAGCAGCGACGAAAUCGUACCACGUUCAACAGCAGCCAGCUGCAGGCACUGGAGCGCGUGUUCGAGCGCACGCACUACCCCGACGCCUUCGUGCGCGAGGAGCUCGCCCGGCGAGUCAACCUCAGCGAGGCGCGGGUCCAGGUCUGGUUCCAGAACCGUCGCGCCAAAUUCCGCCGGAAUGAACGAGCCAUGCUGGCCAACCGCUCCGCCUCGCUCCUCAAAUCCUACAGCCAGGAGGCCGCCAUUGAGCAGCCUGUGGCUCCCCGGCCCACCGCCCUGAGUCCAGAGUAUCUCUCCUGGACAGCCUCGUCUCCCUACAGCACGGUGCCGCCCUACAGCCCUGGAGGCUCGGGCCCCACGACCCCGGGGGUCAACAUGGCCAACAGCAUCGCCAGCCUCCGUCUCAAGGCGAAGGAGUUCAGUCUGCACCACAGCCAGGUGCCCACGGUGAACUGA